AUGGACCAUGUUACGAACGUCCGCAACAUGUCCGUUAUUGCCCACGUGGACCACGGAAAAUCCACCUUGACCGAUUCUCUCGUCCAGCGGGCGGGAAUUAUCUCUGCCGCGAAAGCAGGUGAGCAGCGGUUUACGGACACUCGCCAGGACGAGCAGGACCGUUGUAUUACCAUCAAGUCUACCGCCAUCUCUCUAUACGCCGAACUCUCGGAGGAGGACUGCAAGGACAUUACCCAGAAAACUGAAGGAAACCACUUUUUGAUUAACUUGAUCGAUUCCCCCGGCCACGUCGAUUUCUCCUCUGAAGUUACGGCCGCGCUCCGUGUCACUGAUGGUGCUCUCGUUGUCGUCGAUUGUGUUGAAGGUGUCUGUGUCCAGACAGAGACUGUGCUGCGUCAAGCUCUUUCCGAGCGUAUUAAGCCUGUCUGUAUCAUCAACAAGGUCGACCGUGCUCUUUUGGAGCUGCAGGUAUCAAAGGAGGACUUGUACCAGUCUUUCUCCCGAACAGUAGAGUCCGUAAACGUCAUUGUCGCCACCUACUUCGACAAGGCUCUUGGUGAUGUUCAGGUUUACCCUUACAAGGGAACCGUUGCUUUCGGUUCAGGUCUUCACGGCUGGGCUUUCACUGUCCGCCAGUUCGCCGGACGCUAUGCCAAGAAAUUUGGCGUUGACAAGAACAAGAUGAUGGAGCGUCUAUGGGGUGACAACUUCUUCAACCCAAAGACCAAGAAAUGGACCAAGACCGAAGUCCACGAUGGCAAGCCUUUAGAACGUGCCUUCAACCAGUUUAUCCUUGACCCCAUUUUCAGAAUUUUCUCUGCUGUCAUGAACUUCAAGAAGGACGAGAUCCCAGUCCUACUUGAGAAGCUCGAGAUCACCCUCAAGUCCGAUGAGAAGGAUCUCGAAGGAAAGGCUCUCCUUAAAGUUGUUAUGCGAAAAUUCUUGCCUGCCGCUGACGCUCUCAUGGAGAUGAUUGUCAUGCACUUGCCCUCUCCCGUCACCGCCCAGAAGUACCGCCUGUAUUGGUAUCCGGGAUUGUGA